AUCUUUGUCUUUGUUGAAACAACUGCAUACACAACUUUGAUCAAACACCUUGCAUACUAAGAUGGCAAAGUUUACUUCAAUUGUUCUGAUUUCCAGUUUACUAAUGGCAUUUGUUUUGCUAUCUUCAUGCCCAGCAAUGUCUCAAGAAGUUGAGGAUGAGAGUGAGUUUAAUUAUGAUGAAAAGAGUGAUAAAGGACCACAAAAUUGGGGGAACAUUAAACCAGAAUGGUUCAUGUGCAAGAAUGGAACAAAGCAAUCACCAAUUAAUAUAUCAAAUCAAAGUGUUCAAAUUGUAUCCAAUUUAGGAACACUUCAAAUCAACUACAAGCCCUCUAAUGCAACUCUUAAAAAUAGAGGUCAUGAUAUCAUGCUGGAAUUGUUUUCGAACUCAAGCUUCCUACAAAUUAAUGAAACUCAAUAUGUACUUAAACAACUCCAUUGGCAUUCACCUUCUGAACACACCAUAGAUGGCAAAAGGUUUGAUUUAGAGUUACAUUUGGUACACCAAACUCCAUCAGGAAAAAUAGCAGUGAUUGGAAUAUUGUACAAGAUUGGAAUACCAGAUCUUUUCUUGUCAUUGUUGAAAAAGGACUUGGAGGCAAUUUCUGAAAGUAGUGGGGCAGAAAGGGAAAUAGGUAUAGUUGUUCCUAACUUGAUUACAUUUGGCAGAACGAAGUAUUAUAGAUACAUUGGUUCGUUGACUACUCCACCAUGCUCUCCAAAUAUUACUUGGACAAUUAUUCCAGAGGUUAAAUCUGUUUCGAAGGAGCAAAUCGAAUUGCUUCGAGUUGCUGUUCAUGAUGAAUCAAACUCUAAUGCAAGACCAUUGCAACCACUAAAUGACCGAUUAGUGCAGCUGAAUAAAUAUGGACCAAGAGUAUGAAGAGAAAGAAUUUGACAAAAACUAUUAUAUGCCAUGUGUUAUAUGAAAGAAUAAAUUGAGAUGAACUCGUAGUUCACUGUUAUAAAUAAAUAAAAUUAUUUUAAAAUUUUAUAGUACUAA